AUGCAAGAAAAUGAAGAAAAUCCGAACAAAUGCCAUAGAAAAGCACUUUUAUCUUUAUUUUUCGUUCUCGAACUUCUAGCUUUCACUUUUAGUUUAAUCGCCGUUGUGAGUCCAAGCUGGCAAUAUGCUUUUCUUGAGAAUGGAAGAACUGAACACCAUCAUGGAUUAUGGCUUGACUGUAAAAGAGAUUAUUCAAAUGAAUAUGGUCGAACGAGAGAAUAUUAUGAAACACUGUACAAGCUUGAUUGGCAACAAAGUCCAUUUUAUAAAUAUUUUCUGCCACAGCUUAAUUGUGUAUACAAAUUCGAUUAUUAUAUCGAUACGGAGGAUUUAUAUGAUCAUAAUCAUGAUGAGAAUCGCCUUCAGGAUGACGCUAACCAACAUCUUUUUCUAGGAUGGAAAAUAGCUUCACUUGUAGCCUUAGGACUUGCUAUUCUUUUUUCGGCUGCUGCCUUACUGGUUUGCAUCUGUGCAUUCUGCCAUCGUAGUUUCAUAUCAGCAUCAACAGUAUUGGUCUGCGUUGCAGUAGUUCUGUCGUGCAUAGGAUUGCUUAUAUUUUAUAUUUGGGGUAAUUAUCAAGAUAAUAGCAUCAUCAAAGAAGAAGACGGGAUAUACCAGCAGUACUUUGGGUGGGCGUUUUAUGCACAAGUAAUCAGUAUGAUUCUUCAUUUUCUGGCUUCGUUUUUUGGUUGUAUUGCAGCAUCAGUUGCUUUUAAAAAAGCUAAAGCCAAAUUGAUCAAGAUUGAAGUGGUCGAUGAAGAUAAUUCAAGUUUAUUGAAGGCAGGCUCCUCGAAUCCUUUCAAACGCUCUUUCUCUGCUAUUUAUCGAGUGGAUUCAGCAGCAUUAAGAAACUGGGAAAAAGAAUAUAUGAAUAGAAUUCAAACAGGUUCUUCGGCAGGUUUUUUCUUCUAUUAA